AUCCAAUUUUUCAACUUUCCACUUUAAGAAGACUAAACGAAAAAUGCAGUCUCCACUAGUUAUGUUGGCAGUGUUUAUGCUGGCUUUGUGCAUCAUUAGCUCAAAUGCUGCCACAGCCGUGGAUGUAUCCCAGGAUGUAGGCGAUGUCAAACCUGGAGACGAUGGUGGUAAAGGGAGCGCUGGAUCCUUCAACAUACUUGAAUUCUUCGAACAAAUCAAAACUAAAACUGAUAUUGCUAAGAUAUUUGGCACACUUUUUGUGAAGACAAAAGAAUAAAACUGUAUCUUAUUCUUCGUGACACUUUCGAUGUUUUGUAAAUAACUGUAGUGAAAUAAACUAAGUAAAUAAAAA